AGGUGGUGCGGGUCUUGCCUGCCUUCUUGGGUGCUCGAGAAGGUCUUUGCACCGCGCUGCGCUGGCGCGAGGCACUUGUGGCGGUGACCCGGCACCAGCUGGUGGGUCCUGAGGCGCGCUUGGCGGCCGAGCGUUUGGAACGACGAUUGCAUCGAGUCUUAGGCCUUUGGUUUCAUGAAGGCUUCUUGAGGACCUACGAGGUGACUUCCGAAGCUUCGGAGGAGGUCCGCCAAGCUGUCGCAUCGAUUGCAAAGGGCAGUCCUUCACCGCCAAAGACGCGGUGCUUUGCCAUUUCGUUGCCUCAAAUGGCCGAGGCUGGCACACCUUUGCCGCUGGCGGCCCUGCACGCCGAGUUUGAGGGCGAUAGAACUGCUCCGCGGAUCUGGGCGGGGCCCAGCGUUUGCGGUGAUGCGUUCAAGGGUUUGGGCUUGGAGCGUCUCCUCCUGCGGCAAUCAAAGGCGCGGUUGCGGGAAGAGUCAAACUCCAAAGAGCUCUUGGCCACUUUGCCGCUGCAUGGCUUUCGUACCUGGCUCCGUCGCACACCAACAGCUGGAGCGAAUUUUCCCGACGAGGUCCAAGCGCUCUUGGAAGCGUCUCGUCACUUCAAGAGCAGCUUGCGCUUCAAAGACCUGGGAGGUGAUGAGAUCUUCUUUGAGGUCGAUGGCGCUCUGAAGGUUCAGAUCAAUGCGGAACAUGCCAAGCACGUUCAGCGUGUCAGGUUCGACUCCUCGGCCAUGCUGAUUCUGCUGUCAGAGGGCGCCAUGCAAAUCGACUUGCCAGAGGAUGUGGACAUUUUCCAGCUUCAACAACUCUGUGCGUUUGGUGGCCUUUUGACACCAAUGAUGCGCGAGCCCAUCCUGAACCUGGCUUUCCAAUUUCUUUUUUGGCCGGGUGAAGGGCAAGCGAACAACCCAGAUGUUCAUUUCCACUUGGCGGGCGGGGCAGAUUUCGUUUCCUUGCAAUGGCGGGCUGAUGAAUCAUCAAUUGCUUUGGCUGAUUCAUUUGGUCUCCAAGCAACCUUCAACUACCAUCAGGCCCAAGAUGAUGUGUGAUGUGCAAAUGCAAAUUGGAAAUGUGGAUUGCUUUGUCAGGAUUCUGAAGAACAGCGAGCAGACGUUUACAAGCAACAUGGCAUACAUACAAUUCUCAAAUAAAAAAUCCCAUAUAAAAACAAGAUGGAA